GGCACGCAGCCGGGCAUUCCUGGGGGGCCGGGCCGGCCGCGCUGCCCCAGCCCCUAUAUGAGCCCUGCCCGCGGGCAGCGCCGGCACAGGCAGCGCACAGCCCGGCCAUGGAUGACAUCUACAAGGCAGCCGUUGAGCAGCUGACAGAAGAGCAAAAAAAUGAGUUCAAGGCUGCCUUUGACAUCUUCGUGCUGGGGGCAGAGGAUGGCUGCAUCAGCACCAAGGAGCUGGGGAAGGUGAUGAGGAUGCUGGGGCAGAACCCCACCCCCGAGGAGCUGCAGGAGAUGAUAGAUGAGGUGGAUGAAGAUGGCAGUGGCACUGUGGACUUCGAUGAGUUCCUGGUUAUGAUGGUCCGGUGUAUGAAGGAUGACAGCAAAGGAAAAACCGAGGAGGAGCUCUCAGACCUCUUCAGGAUGUUUGAUAAAAAUGCUGAUGGCUACAUCGACCUCGAGGAGCUGAAGAUCAUGCUGCAGGCAACAGGAGAGACCAUCACUGAGGAUGACAUAGAGGAACUGAUGAAAGAUGGGGAUAAAAACAACGAUGGCAGGAUUGACUAUGAUGAGUUCCUGGAGUUUAUGAAGGGGGUUGAAUAAAUCUGAGGCCAGAUGGACAGCUUGAAUCUCCUAAACCCUCCAGCUCUGCUUCUCAUCUCCUUGACUAAGUCUCCUGGCUACCAGCAUGAAGACUGAGUGCUGAGAAGGGUGGCCAGGGGGAAAUAAAACCUGUUAAUACCCAGUG